AUGAGCACCCCCGGAAACAACUCAUCCGCCUCUGCGACGGGGUCGAGCCCUAUCGUGCACCGAGAUCGCAGAGCCGCGUCAUCGGGCAAUGGCAAACCACUUUCCCCAAAUGAUCCGCCGCAGCCGCCGAAGCUGAGCACUGCAGUCGCUGCUGCCACAACCACUUCGGCACCCGCCUCACCAUAUCCUGAAAUGGACAACCUGGAGUGUCAGUCGAAGGACUUUCUUAUCCAACGCGUGCAGGCGCUGGAGCGGCAGCUGAAGAUACGCAACAGCGACUGCGCGCGACUGCUAGAGGAGCGCAAGCAGCUGCUUCCGCUGAAAGAGAAGUGCGAGUCGCAGAGGGAGAUGAUAUUAGCGUUGCGCGAUGAACUGAACUUGGCACGGGCGCAACGCGAGUCCGCCGUCGACGCAUUGGAAGAGAUGAAGCGCCAGCAGCGCGACAAAGAGCACCGCGAGCGCGUGGCCCACGCAGAGCGAGUCGUCUAUGGCGCUAGUGCCACCCCGAAGGCUACAACUGGCGGCGCGAGUAGGCCCGAAACCUCUAGCUCGCCCGGCGGCAACGCGGCGCCAAGCGCCAAGCCCGCUUCGGCGCUGAGACCCAACAACCCCACGCGACGUGCUCCUGGCGGGACGGUGGUGAACACCUCGUCCGGGCCACAAAUAAUUUACGACAGCUCCGAUAUCUCCUCCGUUGGCUUCACCAAGAAUGCAAAACUGCCGUACGAUUUUUUGGGUGGGCCUGGAGCGCAGCUACAAUACCUCGCUCCCUCCCGCGGUAGCGCAAGCAAGGAGGCCGGAGAGGAGCCGGAAGGCGGCUUUGAUGCUUCGGAUGAUGCGCAGGUGCGCCGCACCAUGGCGGCGGCGGCGGAGGCGAUUGAGUUGGAUGCCAAGCACGCAGAGAUGGAGGAAAAGGAGCACAGAGCACUACUGGAGCGCCUCAAGGCACUGCGUGAAGGACACAAGUAA